UCAGUUUCCGACUUCUGUGAGAAAGCGAUGAAAGGAGUCGGAGGUCCGUUGCUUUCAAUCGGAGAUCUUCUCGCCGAUCUCGGCGAAGAAACCGGCAACUCACCGGUGAAGGAUACAAAUCUUGAAAUCUCUUCGAAACCAUACUUCGAUGAUGCCAUCUCUGGAUCGUUGGAUCUAUCCCGAGUCUUUCAGGAAAACUAUGAGAAACUAAAUGAUGCGUUUGCUGGUUCUGAUCAUUCAUGGACUUCCCUAACAUUGGAGCUCUGCACUGCCCUAGAAACCGCAAACAAGUUGGUCCAGGCCACGACCACGAAUGCUAGAUCGUUGUCAGAGAAGGUGGAAGAACUCGAGAAAAUAGUGAAACGAGGAGACUCUGCAGUUGCAGCUGCCAGAACGGUUCACGCCACAGUUAACAAGAAAGGAUUACCCUCUGCGUGAACAAUUAGGACAUAUAACAAUAUCAAGUGGUCCUGCUACUUCUUACUAGGACCACAGGUUGUUCGACCUCCCUGAAAGGGGACCAUGUACUUUAGAUUUGACUUCAAAGAUUUACUUUAAAAUAUUAUCUUGUGUCCUACUACACUAUCUAUAUAAUUCUGCAUUGCCUGUUUCUUC